AAUAAUGCUUGCUAGGUGGCGUUUGCUUGGGCGAGACGAGGAGGAGAAAUUUUAUUUAUUUAUAUUUUGCGUGGUUGUAAGAUUGUCUAAAAGGUGCACCGAUUGUAUAUAUAGUUAUCUGUGGAGAUAAACCGUGUUGUUGAUGGUGUUUAUUGAAAGGAGUGUCUGGUUUAAUGAGAGUUUGUCGCGGUUUUGUGCCAGCUGGGCUGAUGGACAGUGAGGUUCAGAGGGACGGCAGAGUGCUGGAUCUGACCGAUGAUGCCUGGAGGGAAGACCGGCUGCCCUACGAGGAUGUAACAAUUCCUCUGAGUGAACUUCCAGAAGCAGAGCAGGACAACGGAGGAUCCACCGAGUCUGUCAAAGAGCAAGAAAUGAAGUGGUCUGACUUGGCGCUCCAAAGUUUGCAUGAAAAUACUCCAAGUACUGGGACAUAACUGAUUAGGUGUAAUUUUAUAUUAUCAGGUCGAAUGCAAGUUUGUUGAGUGAUGAUGCGUGUCUAGCUAUUCAUUCAUUCAUUCAUUCAUCGUUUUUCAAAUAAAACUUAGAUGUGUAAA